AUGGCCAAAGCUCAAGUGCGAGCAAGAGGGGCAUAUCCUGUGGUACAGUUCAGUAGAGACAUAACCCUUCAUCGAGAUGACACUGACGCUGUGCUAGAGAAACUCCACAGCCCCGAGAGUAGGGCUUUACGGCAGGUCAGGGAGGGAUUGAGGCAAGCGUGUUCGUCGCGGAAGAAGCAAGCGAUUGCGCUGAGUGAUAGCGCCGCCAAAAGGAUACGGCAUUUGUUAGACUUGUGGAACAAACAUUACUUGCGCGUGGGAUGCAAUGGCUACUCCUACACCAUGAACUACGCAGAUCAAGCGGAGCGCCAUGACGAGCUCGUGGAGGACAACGGCGGUCGACCCGCGAGCGCUGAUGAGAAAAUCAUCGGAUUUCAUCAAAGAUCGCAUAAUUGGGAGGAUGGCACCAAUCCAUGGGAGGACGAGCUCUUCUACAACGAGCGGAUCAAUAAUCUGUCCAAGAGAGUGACGAAAGAGCAUAUCGAUGUGCUCAGGGCCAAUGCCAACCCAGAUCACAUAUGCAUUCUUCAAGAGUGUUACAUGAAGUUCUUCCUCCAUUUCAUUCUUCGAGAGAAAAGUUCCAGCUCCAAUAUAAGAUCUCGAGAAUCUGAUGCCGUUCGUUGUUGUGGAUGCGUUCCAAGGAGUGGUCUCGGGUGUUGCUCGUGGAUGUGGAUGGGCUUGAUCAUUGGGAUUCUGUGUGGCCUUUCGACGCAAGCGAUCUCACUGCUCACUAUUUCUGUAAGAACCAACUGGAACAAGCAGGUAUACGGUGGUCAUGAGUUUUUAGUCGGUGGUCAUGGUUUUAAUGUUUCCCAUUUCUUUCACGCAGGCACAAAAGGCUUUGGAGUGAAUGCAACUGGUCACACCGUUACUGAGUUGAUACCGAGUUUCCGGAUUAUAACAUUCUGA